AUGAUGAUGGAAUUGCUUAAUAAUUCAUCUAAACUCAACUCAAGUAUAUGUUGUUUUGACACAGCUCAAUGUAGAACUCGUACACAAACCUGGCAACUUAAUCCUACUCAUGUCUACAAACCUCAUAUAGGUACACUGUUGAAAUCUUUUCCUUAUAAACCGGCAGCGAUUGUUAGUGCUACUUUUGCUGAAGUACUAUUUCUCGAUUCUGAUGCAUAUAUCACACGAGAUCCAAUAGAUCUUUUCCUUUCCGAUCCAAUGUAUCUCAAAUUUGGUGCUCUUUUCUUUCCUGAUUCUUUUCAAAGUCGACAACAUCCAGCUGUAUGGAAUUUGUUUAACACAACUUGUGGUGAACAUGAAUAUGAGCUUGAUAGUGCAACAAUAUUAGUUGACAAAAAACGCGUAUGGAUUGGGCUUUAUAUGGCAAAAUUGAUGAAUGAUAAUUAUGAACUAUUCUAUAAACAUGUUACAGAUGGAGACAAAGAUACAUUCCGAUUAGGUUUUCGUUAUAUGGAUGUAAAAUACUAUAUAGUGAUGAUACCAUGUGCUACUGGUUCAUUUGAUGGUGUUCGUUUUUGUGGUUGUACUCUUUGUAAGACAGAUAGUCUUGCACAACAUAUCUAUGUUAAUCAUGUUCAUAUUAUCAAAUAUGGUGGUAUCAGUUAUACACCAGCUAAUUUAGGUUAUACUCGUAUUGGUCUUGGCGAUCCAAAUAAUAAUUCAUUUCUUUUCGUUAAAUGUCAGGCGCCCGGAGCAUCCAGAAGUUGUUUUCAUAUUGUUAAAAAGCCUAAUCCAAAUAUUACUGAUGAUCAAUGUUAUACGGCGAAUGAACGUGAAAUAAAAACAAAACUUGAAAAACAAAUUGAAAAUCCUGGUGAACAAUUACGUAAUCAAACAAAACUAAAAUAUUAUUUUCCUUUCAAGUUUUUUUUCCAACAGGAUAAAUGUAUUGGAAAUCUUGAAGAAACUUAUUAUUAUGUAAUAAAACAAGAAUUACUAAAACAACAUGAUGUCAAACAUGAAAUAGAAAAACAAUCCAUAAAUUACAAUGAUUUACUAUUUAAAUUUGAAAAAAUGCGUCAAGUUGAUACAAUGCAUAUUUAUAUUCAACGUGAUGGUCGACGACCAUCAAAUGUGUGUUUCACAAAAUUGCGUUCAUUAUAA